AUGAAGUACGGACAGAAGUUUGAGAGGGAAUCGGUGCCAGAAUGGAGCCUCCAUAAUAUCGACUACAAUUCCCUCAAGCAUUAUAUCAAAGUCCACACCACAAAAGGCGAGGCCAGAGCGGUCGCCAUACCUGGCCAGCCCGACACCCACCUUGCCAAGGUCGAGAACGAGCUUUACAACGAACUCUGCAAUCAACAUGCCCGCGCCGGUCUCUUUGUCACCGCAAAGGCAGACGAGAUAAACCGCCGGCUCCAGCACCUCUCUGACGAGACACACCGACUCAUCCUACGCUGCGCCAAUACACAACGAGAGAACACAUCUAGGAAGCGGCAUCGCAAGUUUACGAGACUUGGCCGCCAAGUCCUAGACUGCGGUGAGGACAUACAACACCUCGAGAGAUUUGUCGGCGCGCAGACCAUCGCCUUUCGCAAACUCCUCAAGAAAUACAAGAAAUGGACCGGCUCCAGCACGCUGGGCGCUCGGUUCAGAGAUAACGUUCUGGACCAGCCCAAGAGCUUCACCAGAAAGGACCUCCAGCCUUUACAGCGAGCGUACGAGGAAGUACUAUCCACGAUCCGCGAUUCGACCCCCGUGCGAAGCCUACCUCAAUCCCCAACUCCUGAUCACGAACACAUCACCGACUCCGAAUCGGUUAGCCCACGUCAGUCCCUACGGCGGGUGAGAAUUAACUCGGGGCCACCGCGAACGUAUAUGUUCCACCCCCCGAGGGAGGAGAAUAUCGGCUACUGGAACGAGUACGACAACGGCAGCGAAAACGGCGACAUGGAGGACAACUACGCAAUAUACGUUCACCCUGAGGACGAGACGACUAAUGCAGACCUCAAGGCCAUACUGCAUGCAUUCACCAGACCCUUCUCGCAAGCCCGCUCGUGGGUCACAUCACGCGAACCAGAGCGUCAAUCCCUCCUCGGCCGACAGCGGAGCGACUCGACCUACGGCUCGACAGGCUCCGACGAGGCAGACCUCGGCCCCGGCUACUCGAGCUCCGAGGAGUUCCCGUCAGGCUACCAGACACACUACGCCUCCCUGCCCAGCAUCCAUGACCAGCGCAUGUACGUCUACAAGGACCGCGUGCUAUUCCUCGCCACCAGCGGCCUGUUUGCCAUGGCCUUCCUGCUGCUAGGCAUCGCCACCGUGCUGAUCCUCACGGGGAGGCACAAGCUGCGGGUCGAGGUCGAUGCCGGCGCCACGCUAGGCGCGGUCGUCUCCAUCGGGUGUGGUUGUACCGCGCUCGCAAUAGCCAUGACGAGGUGGGACAGCCUCAGCCUGGCGAAUCGGGUCGUCAUCUCCGUCACUUUUGUUACUGUCUUUGCGCUGAACGGCAUGCUGCUUCUCUUGGUCAUGGGGAAUACAGCAUUAUGAACACUGCUAGUUCCGAUUCCCCUUAUUCACGAGAAAUAGGUAUUUUUUCUUCUUGGGUUGUCAAUCAGUUCUCUGGGCGGGUCUAGAAGUGUCUCCUUUUCGAUACCGAAUAUUGUUUCCCGUUUUUUCUGUCUGUUUUCUCUUAUUUGUUAAUGAAUGGCGCUGGACUGGCAUUCUUGUUCAUAUGGGAUAGCGGGCUUAGAGCUUUCACAAUGAUAGUACCGUUUCACAGC